AUGCAGUGUUUGUACCAAACUUUGGAUUUGCUUCCUUCUGCUACAGACAGUGAGAUCAGAUCAGCAUACCGCCGUUGUGCCUUAUCCACUCAUCCAGAUAAGGGUGGCUCAGCUGAAGCCUUUCGUUCGGUCCUCACUGCCUUUGAGACCCUGAUUGAUAGGAGCCAACGAGCCGCCUAUGACCAGCUCAGUCGUUCCACGUCAUCCACGGAGCCUGGUGGACUUGGAUCUGUCAGAAAGGAUCUUCCAAAGAGGCCAGCGGAAGCAGCGAAAUCGGUCCGGCCGCCCAAAGUCAAGCGCCCCACACCAGCCAAAGAUGCCAAAGACGCUCCAAAAAAGCCGACACCGCCGCGGCGGAAGGCGCCACCAGCCGCAGCUGAAAUGGAGAUGGAGGGCGGUCCGAUGGAUCAUGCAGUGGAAGAGUUGCAGAAACUGACUGAAGAGACGCUGAAUGCUUUUGCAGGAUUCCUGCAGUCUGAGGAAGUUGAAGAAAUUCUGCGCGAGUCCCUCAUGCUUCCCAUCCUUGCCCUGCAAGAUCGUCCCAAAACUCAAAAGUGCGCACCUGCUUCUGCCAAGUCCAUGAAGAAAAGCAAUGAGACGAAGAUGCAGAAGAUGCCAAAGCCUCCCAAGGCCCCUAGGGCUGCGAAAGCUCCCAAGCAGAAGGGCUUCGAAUCUAAUCCUGCUCGUGUUGCGCAAACUGUGCUCAAAGGUGUCACGAAGAAAAGAAAGUCAUAUCGGCCGAGCAUCAGUUUGUUCAGAGGCUUCUUGGCUGCCGGGCAGUACGUGAGCAGUCUGGAUGUGGCCAUUGACAUGCACAUAUGCCUGGUUCAGAUGCGCCAACAUAUAGCAGCUGGUUUGGCAGAGGGCAGGGACCUCAAAGAAGUGGUGCAUGGUGCUAUCAAUGCCGCUCAAACAGAGCGAGCUGCUGCCGGUGCUGUGAAUUUGCGUUUGCGUUUCCAAACUUACUUCAGGCACAAGUUCACGCCGAUCGUUCAUGAUUUGGACACCGCCAUCCAAGAUUGGCUGCGGAAGAGGGAUCUCAAACAGCUCUUAGGAGGAGGAGAGAGAGCUAGGCUUAAAGCGCUGUACAAGCAGAAGCAAGCUGAAAAGCGAGCGAGAGUCCAACACGGCCGCUUGUGCGCAACAGUACAGUUGCUGCAGACAGGUUUCCAGAAAACUCGAAGACAUAAGCUGUUGAAAGCUUGGGGUGUUCCCGAGCUACCAGAAGGAUUGCAACUGAGCAGCUUUCAAUCAGAUGACGACAGCCUCUGUGUGACGCUUCGCUUGUCUGAUGGUACCGAGGCCGUGGGUCCGUAUCGCCAGAACUUCCAGCAGGCCCUCCGAGAACUGCAGGAGCUACGUGCCCUGCAGAAGCGCCGAGGCAGUGAAGCUCUGCGGUCAGAGAUGCAACGACGUGACGUGGACAAUCGCCUGAAUCAGCUGAGCGAUCAGAAACGACGCAUCAAGAUGCAGGAAUAUCGUCGUGCUGUGGAUCAUCAGAUGGAGGAGAGGAGGCAACUUUAUGAGGCCGAGCGACAGAAGGAACGGGAUGAGCUGGCGCGGAUGAAAGCUGAGGAGGCGGAACAAGCCCGCAUCGUUGAAGAAGAGAGGCAAUCCUUGCUGAGGAUGUUUGCUCAGGAUGCCAGGCACUUUCCCAAAGGAGCCCUGGUGAAAGCAGCUGACUUCGAAGCUGUCGGACUGCCAAAGCCCUUCCAGCCUGAAGCCCGACCGAUGCAAAGGAACAAUUUGGGUCUUCCGCCCUAUCCAGUCCGUCAACGUUCUGCGCCGACGCCUGCAUUUCAACCACCAGCUCGUCGUUGA